GAAAUCACAAUUAAGCUCAAAUCAAAAUUACAUUUCAAGCAUUGGAUAUUUUGCCUAUUGGUUAAUGUGCUUUUGUCGAGGCGGGAAACUACUUUUUUGUUUGUUUGUGCUGUGUGACGAUAACCACCGCACACCGCCGUAACAGAAACCUCCGUUUGCCGUUGUCUUAGCGACAUUGUUGACUCUGCCAUUCACUCAUGGAUGCAUACCGAAGAGACUCAACACCUCCAUCAAAUGCAUCAUUCUCCGGUGGAAAUGGAGUCUGUUUGAUGAGAAGUUCUUGGAAAGAGGAUCAACAUUCAUCCUUCAUUGAUUUUAUCUCCACUUUCCUAUCCGCAAAUUCCUUUCGCCUUAAUUUUGUGCCAAUUGCUCCGGACUUUAUUUUCAAUUGUGGAAGUUUGUCUGUGGCCUUCAUUUUUGUGACAAACUGGGACUGCAACAAUGUGGCUCCAAUGUUCAACAGAGUUCAGCAACUGAAGGCUCAGUUUUCACGUUUUUAUGUUGCUAUCACACUCCCAGGAAAAGAGGAAAUGGAUUCAUUUAUUGAGUCCUAUUUCACAUUUGGGAUGGUGAUUGGCAAGCCUACAUUUAUACCAGUUAAGGACUUGGAGAUGGGGUUUGAAAAGAUGGUAAAAAUUGCCCAUUCUUCUGGAGUAUACAAGCAGGAGGGAAUUGAAGAAAAAUUUAAAGCUGAGAGGAAGAAGUUGGUGCAAGGAAUGAACUUUUAUCUUAAAGUUGUUACAUCAAUCCCAGGCAUUGACAAUCACGAUGCAAAUGCGCUGAGUCAAGCUAUUGGUUCUGUCCAAGCAAUUGCUAAGGCAUCAAAAGAGCAAAUUCUGGAGAACACAGAUCUUUCCACUGACAAGGCAGAGAUGGUUUCAAGGUUUCUCAGGGAUCCAAAGUUUUACUUAAGUCCCAAGAUCAACUAAUCACGCAAUAACAAAGGAAUCAAGAUUGUAGUUUUAUUUGUUUGUUUACCCGAAAAGCACUGUGAACUGUUUUAAUAUGGGGUUUAUGCUAAUUCCUUUCUUAUGUGAACUUCUGUAUAAUCUUAGUAUUCAUUGUUUCAAUCAAACUAUUAAAAAGAGUUAAA